UAUUGGUUGUUUUCAUAGGUCGAAGUUGAAGAUUCGCAUCCUGCUAUCGGAACAGUUCCGAGCACCAUUGCGACCAAGCAUUGUUGUUUGCAUCUUUCUUGAAAUAGGCUCUCUGAAUUUGUCUAAGCUGAGCAUAAGACUAGCCUUCUAUUAGGACAUUAAUAAAACAGUUUUUGCAAGCAUAUUUGGCCCAUGUUUGAGAAAUGGCUCCAUCAGUGCGACGUAGGCAUACUCCGGUGAAUUAUGCACAACAACUUAUCAAUGCAAUAAUAUCAAUAAGACAACAAAAACAAAUUCCAAACUUCGAUAGGAUUUCACGUUAUCUUCAACGUUACACAGAAAUUUCACCCAGAAGAUGCAAGGAGCAUCUGAACAAUGCUGUUAGUGAUGGACUUAUUGAAGAAUAUACUGCAGUGGGUUUUAAAGGUCAACGAACUGGCUUAGAACAAGAAGGUUAUAGACUACCACAGGGAGUAAUAGAAGAAGUAAAUGAUGGCCAUGAUUGGUAUUGCUUUGAAUGUCAUGGGCCUGGAGAAGUAUAUGAAUGCAGUGACUGUUUCCGUGUUUACCAUCAAGGCUGCACAAGAGAAGACACUUCUGGUGAAACCUUUACUUGCAGUGUAUGCAUGGCUAGCAAAAAAAAGAACAAGAUGAAGAAAAAAAUGCUGAACACCCUACUUAGUUAUACCGUUUUGCGCCUUAGAGAAAAGACAAGAGAACUUCAUAAAAUUAGUUCCAAGUCAAAUGCAGAAGAUUUUAAAAGAUUCAUCUACAGAAAAAUGGACUUGAACAGAAUGGAGCAGAGAGUUCAGGCUUCACGUUACAAAUGCUUGGAAGAAUUUCUAGCUGAUGCUCGUACCAUUCUUCAUAACUGCACACUGUUAUUUGGAGAAGAUAAAAAUGGACUGGCUGAGCUUGCUGUGAUUAUGGUUAAAGAUUGCAAAUAUGAUCUGGAUGAAAUAGAACUGUGCCCUAACUGCUACUACAUGUCAAAUGCAAAACCAGAAGAUUGGUUUUCUCAACCCUGUAACCCUCCACAUGAUAUUGUGUAUGCCAAACAGAAGGGAUAUAGUUAUUGGCCAGCAAAGGUUGUUCGUGAUUUAGGUGGUAAAUCUGAUGUUCGUUUCUUUGGAGGUUGGCACCAGAGAGCUGUGAUACCUGCAGAAUACAUUAAGCCCAUCACAACUGAUUUGAAAACAAUGACAAUAAAAAAAACAGCUGGUUUUAUAAAAGCCAUGAAAGAACUCAAAAGGUAUCAGGAAAUCUUAGAAGAAAGAGAACAAGACAUUGAAGCUAAUGGAGAAAAACAAGAAUCAGAAGAAGAAGAAGAGGAAGAAGAAGAGGUAGAAGAGGAAGAAGAAGAAGAGGAAGAGGAAAUAGGAGAAGAGGAAGAAGAAAUACAAGAUGAAAUAAAAGAUCAAGUCACAGGGAAGAAAGAUCUGUCUGAGAUUGAAGAUGAGGAUGUAGCCAAAAAGCGAACACCUAAAAAGACACCAGCUAAACGUAGAGAAAGUUCACAAACUAAAGGAUCUGUUGGAAGUAAAAAGGGAGUUAAGCGGCACAGAGAGGAUGACGAGGACAUUGACAGUCUGAUGGACAUGGAAGAUGAGUUUGAUAAUAGACAAGUUACUUCUACAAGUGUUGAAAAAAAUGCUAAAAUGAGAAAAAGGAAAUCCUCUAAGUUGAACAGUCAUGAUGAGUCUUAUACUGUUACUUCAAGUGUUGACAAAGUUGUUAACAAUAUAGUUGUUCCAACAACCUCCACAGCUGUCCAGACAUUGUCUGUGAAGUUGGAAAGCACAAGCUCACAGACUGAGGUGGACAGUUCAGUUUCUGUUGAGAAUUUUAUUGAUCCCAAGGCUUAUAUAAAAUCUUCACCAUCAUUUGAUCUGAAAGAAGAGACAAAUGAUCAGAAGUUGGAGGAAAGAAUGACUUUAGCGAUGGCCAAUCUUACCAAAAGACUGGAAGAAAAGUUUGAAGAAGAUAAAUCAUUGGCACUUAAAGAAUUAUCACGACAGUUGGAAGAGGACUUUGGAAAAGACAAGCAGCAAGCAGUAGAACGAACAAUGGCUAGCAUGAAAUUAGAAGUAGAAAAAGCCAGGAAAGCAGGGGAAGACAAAACUCGAGAACAAUACAUGGAAGAAAUGAAGAAACUGGCUGCUAAACAUAAGGAUGCCAUUUCUCAAGUCAAGAAAAAACAAUGGUGUCAAAACUGUGAAGAGGAGGCUAUGUACCACUGUUGUUGGAACACAUCCUACUGCAGCGUCACAUGCCAGCAAGCACAUUGGCAUAAAGAUCAUAAACGAGUAUGUCGUCGCAAGAGAAAUGAAAAAGAGAUGAAAUAGAAAUCAACAAAUAACAUCAGGCACACAAGCCUUCUUACAGACUGGAUCAUGGUGAAUGAGAUACAUUUAUCAAUGCAAUGUUAUUCAGUAACCACUUGUGCUUCUAAAAACUGACUGGUAUUUAUAACCCAUUGAAUAAUAAUGUAAAUUAUUUUAUAUUUAUAUUUGAAUAACAGUUUUAAAGCCUUCACUUCUUACUGAAAUCAAAAGUUUCUGUCUGUCAUUUCCCCUUAGGUCAGUGCUCACUCUCUAUGCAAGAUAAUGAUUAAAAUAAUUUUUUAGGUCUUAACUUCAACUUCACUUAAAUUAUCCUUUACACCUUUUCUGUUAGAGAAAUUCUCUUCAUAAAAUAAAAGUACUCCUAAUUAAAAAAAAGUUAUACUUUUUAAAAAUAGGUUUUACAGACCAGUAGUUCAAAAAGCUUUUUGAGAGGGUGUCAUUAUUUUACAAUUUAUAUCACCUUUGAUCAGGUAUGUUGUACAUAUUGAAAACAAACCAGUGUAAAAGAUUUAUUUUAAGCAAAGUUGUUCAUCUGUUAUUUUUAUUCUCUGUAUGUAGUUUCCUGUCAACAUUUUUAUUUUGAUGAGACUGGUGUAUUUCAUUUGAUGCUUUGUUACUAUGUUUAAACAGAUUUUCAUUUGAACUACACUUGCUUGUCAUUUACAUAAUCCUUUAUAAAAUUGGUGCAAGAAAUUAGUAAAUGGAAAUGUACAACAAUUUUUUAUCUUUUUUUUACUGUGGAUUUUACCUAACUAAAAUAUGUUAGUAUUUUUUCUGAAUGGAAUGAAAUGUUAAAUGUUUUACAUUUUAUUUUUGAUUUUUUUUAUAUACAUGCUGUAUUUUGCUUUCUUGGAUUUAUAAGAUCAACUUUUAAAUAAAUUCUCAGCCAAAAAAUAUAUUUAUGAAUUACAUUUUUCCUUUGUUGCCAUUCCUCUGCUCUGUGAAAAAAUUGCCUCAGCAUUUAAUUUUUUAUCACAAUAAUUUUUGGACAAAAAUGGCUGUAAUCAUACCAUUGUGUAUAUUAACCAGCUGAUCUGAUAAAAGCUCAACUUGACUUGAGGUCAUAGACUUGAGGUUUAUCCACCCAGUUGGCUCCAAAUAAUGUUUACUGUUUGAAAUCAUUAUUGUUACUAUCUUCAAUUUGUAAUACAUUUGCUUCAUUUUUGUCCCCUAUCAAUUUCACACAUCCUAAAAUCUAUUGCCAGAUAACUCUAGACAUUCCUUUUUCUAAAUAAAUUUCAAACAAAAUUUAUCUAAAAGUUUUUUUUUUGUGAGAGCCAAAUCCAGGUGGAUAUUACUUCAUUACUGGCUUCUUAUGUUGAAGUAUAUGAAAUAAUUAAGUUUCCAUAAAGCAGAAGAUGCUCAUCACAGGAAAUUGUUUACAUUAAAUUUUAUAUUAAAAGAUAAGCAAAUGAUUGUAGUGAUCAUUCUUACAGGGUGAAAAAGGAAAACCUAUGAGUGAGGUAAAGAAGAUUAUACUCACAAUUUUUAUUUCUAAUAUUAGCUAAUGCACGCUUAACUGACCUACUAAUUUGUAUUCUUUUUUUUUUAUGUAAAACUUUACAAAUCUUUAUUUCUUCUAUGAAUUUUUUUCUAUAAUGAUCUUGAAUCAAUUGUAAUUAUCUAGUCAGGUUAUGGGCGUUUUAUCUACUCUUACUAGAAAACAAAAUUGGCACUUUAAAAUUGAUGUUAAGUAAAAGCAAUUACUCUUCGUCUGAUAUUUUUUAUUCACCAAUACAAACUUGUGUUCUAAACAUUUUAAACUAGCACCUAAAGUGCUUAUUAUAAGGCUGUGAUUUUUGCCUCUACUAGAUAGUAGAUUAUCAAUGAAAUAAUGAGAUGCAAUCUUUUGUUUAUGUUUUAGUCUUGUUCAAAUUUUAAAAAAAAGCUAGCUUGUUAUGUUAAAUAUUCAGAAUACAGCAAGAGAUAAUUGUCUUUUAUUUCCUUUAGAUUCCUGUCUCUAAACUUUGUGAUCUCUCAUCAGGUUGUGAUGAAAUUAAUCUCAACCAGGCACUUUUUACUCUCGGCACUUAGCACUAAGCCUAAAACAUAUUAACAGCCAUUUGAGAAAAAAAACUGAUUUUAUUUGGUAUCAAACAAGAUAGCAUGUAUUGGAAUUCCUUAGAUUAUGAAUGAAUUAAAAUGUUUAAGACAGACAGUUAGAAUUUUAAGUUACUUCUAAAAUGUAUUUCUAUUCUUUGUAAUCAUGUUUUACAACAUUCCUGUCCUAAAAGUAGUGUAAAUUUUGUUUUUAUGGUCACUCAUAUAUCAUAGCUUGCUCUAUCUUUUAAUCAUGUAAUUUGAUAGCAGAUUUUUACCUUUUUUUUUAUUUUAAAAAAGUAGUACUAGCUUAAAAGGUUAAACACAACACAUUUUUAUCAAUCAGAAAAGAAACAAAUGUACAAAAUAAUGUUAAAUCAAAAUCAAUUAUAAUUUUUUAAAAUGAAUUUUUAAACAUUUAUUUAACCAUGGAGGUAGAUGGAAAGUUUUUAAUUUAAAUAAAAAAAAAAAGAUAAAUAUUAUGUAGUUUUACAUUUUUAAAUCUUUAUUUACUGUUACUAAAAAUAAAUGGCAAUAUUUUCAUAAGUACUAGCUGUUUUAUUUCGGAUUAAUGGUGGAAUGAGGAAUACAUCAUGAUACUUAACAUCAGCUGACAAAGAAACAACCUUCCUACAUAGUAAGCCCAAUGUCUUGAACGUACGGGCAGUACAGUAGCUUGUUUUUUUUUAUUAUAAUCUUUACCUUUGCUGUAUAUAAGAUUAAAUGUCAUAUUCACAUGUCACUAUCCUUUAUGUUAAUUGCUGAAUACUCUAAAACUGAGCAUGUUUUAAAGUAUUUUUGUUUGAACCUGGUAAAUUAUAUAUUUUGUUCAAGUAUACAUUUUUUGUAAAGGAUCUACAAUGUGACCUGAUAUAUGUAUGUAUAGAUAGUCUAGUACCCUCAGUUGCUGGCACUUGUAACAAUAGUUCAAACAUUAACUGUAUAUGUUCAUGAAAAUAAGGUUUUAAACAUGUUCCAUAGCUUGUUGUUUUUCCCUAUAAAAUCACUGUACAUAUAGAUCUAAUUAAAAAGUUGUUAACAUUUAUCUCUGCUUGAUUUUGCACAAUUGACAAGGGAAAUUAAAAGUAUCAAAAUUUUA